CACACUAUAACAUUCUUCUUUUGAAGGAGUCCAAAUUCAAAGAUUAACCUACUUUUACAUUUUCACCAUCUUCAGCUGAUCAAGCUUUAGAAAUUGAAAAAAGAAAUAGUAUGACAGAACCUAAGCUAUUUACCAUAAGCUCUCUUCUAAUGGCCUUUCUCUUUGCUUACUCUGCGUCAGUUCAGUUAAACGACCCAGAUUGGUACUUCUGGUUACCUCUUUAUACUUUUGCUUCUGCUAUUAAUCUGAUUAAUAUCGGGAGAUAUAAGCAAUCACAAGAAAUCCAGAACAUAGCCAGACUGGAUUUGUUGCUAGGUAUAUUUUUGUUUAUGAAAGUUGUAAUCGAAGAUUAUGUAUAUGAAAUAGCUGGUUUUAGUUCAAUGGAUUUUAGUCAAAGAGUUGUAAGAGAGAAAACUGGAAGUGGGUUAGCUGUGAUUUCGAUGCUUCUUCAGUUGCUUAGUUCCUCCGACCAAUCUACAAAGGGAAUUACUAAAAAAAUCAAGGUGGUACCACGAUAUGUUAAUUACGGUAUGGCAUCGUUGGUGAUUUUGAGUUAUGGCAUCCCUCUAGUCUUCUUUGUGUUCCUUAAAGGGGAAAUAGAAGAUUUAAGGAAGUGAAGUUAUGAAGAGAUAUGAAAUAAGAAAGAUGCAAACAUUAACAACAAGAUUUUCAUAUUCUUGGGGCAAAAUCUCGUGGGUUUCAGGUAACUAUCUUGGAUGCAAAACCAUUUCAGGCAUAACCAGAAACGCAGAGGAAGCUGAAAGUUUGGCGAUUCUAGAGGCUGUUCUAUGGGCAAGGGAGAAAGGAAAAGCUAAAGUCUGUCUCAUUAGUGAUGCAAAAUUAGUCUUAGAUUACUUAAACAAUAAUAACAACCAGAUAUGUUGGUUUAACAACUCCAUUCUUGACGACUGUAAGUCUGUCAUAAGUUCUUUUAGUUUUAUCAGAUUUGAAUUUCUAAACAGAAGCUUCACAAGUAUGGCUGAUACCGCGGCCAAAUAUUGUAGAAUUUCUAGAGGCAAUGGUGAAUGGUUUGGUUAUACCCCAAACUUUCUCACUACGAAGAUGUAAUUCCUCCUCUGAAUUAAUGAAAUUCUUUUACCUAUCAAAAAAAAUAAAUAAAUACAAAUUUCCAUUUAAA